AUGGCUCAGUCGACGACUUCAAAAAUGGUUCGACACAACUUCAACCUGAGGUCCGGAAAAAAGAUACUAAGAGUUAGUUAUUUUCUUCCCAUUAUUUGCGUAAAAUUUUCUUGCGUUUCCAGAAGAAGCGAAAUAAACCAAAGUCAAAAAAGAAGGUGGAAGCAGUGUUGCCGAAAACGGAAAAUGAGCGACCAGUAGCUUCUGAGAACCAGCCAGAUGUCCAGAAGCCGUUGAUAGUGGAAAAGCAGGCAAAACCAGCCGAUCAGCAACUGUCAAUCAACAACAUCAUCCCGAAGCAAAAACCGGUCGACAAUAUCGAGCAAGCCGAUACUCCAGUUUUUGUGAUUGAUUUGACAGAUAUGCUGGAGGGUACGAGGAUUGGAGCUGAAAGACUAUUCAAGGUCAAGUUCAUUCGACUGCUCAAAAGCACUCAGGAAAUAGUCAUGGACAAGUACAAAAUGUCUCGUGAGAAGGCAUCGGAGUUCCACUAUCUUCUUCCGGAUGGAAGACACUUGGACGAAAACAAAGCGGCGUUUACGCACUUGGGGAUUGAUGUGUACCAAAAAGAUAUCGACUGCCUGAAAUCACCGAGUCUGCUCAACGACAACAUAAUUGAUUACUACUGUUCUCUAAUCAACCGAACGCAAGACCACACGUUCAUCAUUCCCAGUUAUGCGUUGUAUUUGAUCAAAGAAGAAGGAAAAGUUGGCAGUGUUUUGAGAGGAGCCGAUCUGACAACUACUAAAACGUUCCUUUUCCCAAUUUGCCUCAACUACCAUUGGCUUCUCGGCCGUGUCUGUUUCAAUAACCAUGUUGUCAAGAUUUACGACUCUACCGGCAGAGGAAGAGACAACGAGGAUAAUAGAACCGCUCUCGAUAAGGUGCUCAAGUUUGCCGGAUGGAUUGCGAAUUUGAUCGGAGCUGAGAAUUUUUGGGAUUCCGAUGUACCAGCUGGCAUCCCGCAUCAAUCAACAAUCCACGACUGCGGUGCAUUUGUCUGCAGAUACGCCCGGUGCAUUGCGAAGGACCAUACAACCGAGGUCGAGUUUCGUGCGGAGACAAUCACUGAGUUCCGAGAGCAGAUGCAGCUCGAAGUCAGAAAGAAUAAACUUUCGCUUCUCUGA